GUUAAAAACUGAUGAAAUAUAAUUAUGUUCGCGCACCAUAGAAUGCGCUUACUCAAUGCCUUUGUUUACCAACUUUACGAUCUAAGAAAUUUUAUAGCAAUUUUUUUCAAGAUUAAAUAACAUUACUCUACAUAAUGGGCACACCCAAAAUCUGUACAGAAAUCAUUAAAUGCUUAAGAAACGUAUGGACUGAUCAAAUAUUGUUGGACUUUACAAUCAAGAUAAACGAUGACACAAUCACAUGUCAUAAGCUCGUUCUUGCGGCCUGCUCUGAAUUUUUCCAAGCGUUGUUUCGAUCAGGAAUGAGGGAGGUCACAGAAAACUGCGUUGAGUUAAAUGAUGUUUCCUAUGAAAUAUUUCAGUUGAUUCUGAAAACACUUUACACAGGUGUCAAUGUUUUAACGUUGGAUAAUUUCAUUCACGUUUGGAGGGCUGUGCACAUGUUGCAGAUCAACUUUAUGGUGAAAAUGUGUGAAAGAUUUGCAGCUUGCUCUAUUACAAUGGACAACUGGGAAAACUUGUAUGUAACAGCUAAACUUUUAGGUUCAACUUUUGUUCUAGAUAAGCUUCAUAGCUUCAUGUUACAAAACUUUGAUCAAAUAAGUCUUUCGGCAACAUAUCUACAACUGCCUUUCAACGAAGUUCGGGAAUUAAUAAAAAGCCAGGAUCUUUGUGUCAGUAGUGAAGAUAUUGUGUUAGAAUCUGUGAUAAGAUGGGUUGACUGCUAUGCUCCAAAUAAUACUAACACAGAUAUUCAAAACACAAACAAAAUAGUCGACACAGAAAAAGAUUGCAAUGAAUUGGAAAAAGUACCUUCUGGUAACUCGCUUAAUGUUGCAUUAACCGAGCAUGUAUCUAGAAAAGAUAAGCUGACAGAUUUAAUGAGUCUGGUGAGGAUAUAUCUUGUUAAUCCUGUGAUUUUAACACGAUUUUAUCAUCUUAAAAUGUGUUCUGAAAACAAAGACUUUAGAGAUAUAAUCGUCAGCGCUUUAUCGUACCAAGCCCAACCUUCAAGAGACGGCCAGUGGCCAUCGGCGGCUGUGCAUAGAUCAUGUAGUAGAUAUACAAAUGUUGGGGUUUAUGUGAAACGUUACGGACAGUUUAGAGCAAUCAGCGCCUGUGAUGAGAAGUGGCAUGAUUUGCCGAAUUGUGUUGAUUUAAAAGAAAGCAUCCAGCUGGUCAGCUUUGAUGGCGAACUUUACGCUACAGGGAAACGAUUCAACUUGCCAACCAAAAAUUGUAAACUCUUUGUCUUCUCUGAAAACAGCUGGAAAGAAGUUUUGAAUCUGCCCGGCCACAAUUUGUUACUUGUUUCUUAUGGACAAUUUAUUUACAUUUUAGACAAAGCCGAAAAUUUUAUAUAUAACAUAAAUCCAAAAAACAUGAAUCUAAAAAAGAUGACAAAGAUCCCGGCGGAUAUUGAUGUAAAGCACAUUAUUAGUUUUGAAAACACCCUGCUAUUGUUUUCCUCACUAGUUCAUAACGCCAAUGACAAAACAGUUGUUCAUUGUUACGAAAUUUCGUCUGACGCAUGUACCGAGCUAACUCACCUGGAUGGGCCAGCGGAACAACUGAUCAGCUUCAAGAACGACAAACACAGCUACAUAUUACAGACGAAUGGCUCAUUGUGGGUUAUUUUACUCGCAUCAUCCCUAAAAGGCAUCGAGAUAAAAUUUAUUUCAAAACUUUGGAGCUGCAACAAGAAAUUGUACGGAGCAUUGACCUACAACGACAAGCUGAUUAUUUUUGGAAAUGAUCCAAAUAACGAUUCGUCGGAAGCGAAAAAAUUAGUCACCGUUUCUGGACAUUUAGCCCACAUUUCACACUGGGGGCACGAGGAAGCAUGUUCUAAUUUUGUUCCAGUUACACUUCCAAAAAUAGCGUUACUUAGUAAACCCUGACACGCUUCUUAACUUGAAUAGAUAUUUUUUGAUAGAUUGUCUUACAAUAACAAAGCAGUUUAUUUGCAUUUACUAGCAGAUUUUGUUUUCUAAAUAUUUUAAAUUUAUUUUAUAAACAUUCAGAAUUUGUUUACAACUGACUAAUUUCGCAAAAAAAUUAGAAAGCAAUUUUGUAACGUUGCUAGAGUAAAUCUCAAUGCAA